GGAAAGAAAAGAAAAAUAAAAUAGAGAAUGUGUAAAGGUUAGGAGUGAAAGGAAGAAGCUGAUGAUAUUCCUGAUGCAAAGCUAGACGACAAGAAGACAGCAGAAGCAUGAGGCAUGAAGGAUUUUUUCAUUUUCAUCCCAAUGGUUUAGGUACCAAACUGAAAAAUGGGUUAGGUUGGCAUUGGCAAUAACAUAUUAAAAGGAAAAAUGAGGUAGUAAUUUGGUGUGAUAAUAAAGAGGAGCAGAAAGUAGAUUUGUAGAAUUGUGUGGAAAAGCAUAAUGUUGGGAAGGAUAAUAUUCUGCAGUGCCGUCUCUCUAGCAACGAUAGCAGUUAUUGUUCUGGCAGUGACCCACAAGAAGAGCCAUUCCAGGCCAUGGAUGGAUCUAUCCUUGUACAUCCAACAACCUGGUAUAAUAACAACCUCAAACACUCACCUGGUACCAAGGGAAGAUGGUGGGGCUUUCAUCUUUCGCCGCGUCCUGACGGAGGGCCAAGAGAACACAUCACGUGUGGUGGGAAAAGCGCAAGGGUUUGUGAUCCCCAGGGAGCAGUUUGAACAAUCUGCGUUAUUCGACGUUAUAUAUCUGAGUUUUGAUACACCGGAUCACUCGGGUAGCCUCAGCGUGCAGGCUGGUGGGGACAAAGAAGAGUUGAAGGUGAUUGGAGGGACAGGUUGUUUUGCCUUUGCUCGUGGUGUUGCGCUUUUCACUCAAACUCAUUCAAAACUUACUCAUCUAAAACUUCACCUUCAGUUCCCUAACUUACCACCAUGAACCACUUUUUUAUUUAUUACUUUCCAUUCUUUCUUAAAUUUAAACUACCAUACCAGAAUCCGAGAUCCAUCGUUUUUCCUUCUCAAACUCAUUCUGUAACUUGUGCUUCAUUCUAGUUUUAGGUUGUGUGUUCGGAUCGAAAUUUCCAGAUUAUCAUAAAUUCAU